GAAACCAUUCCUCCUGUCCCUGAUCCACGGAGAGAUGUCAUCCAUAAUGAUUCCAAAGUAUUCAAUGACGGGUCCAUUCAAAGGACACAGGAGUACAAAAAGCAGCCCAUUGUUUCCCGGGUCUUCGUGUUCUCUAUCAUCUCAGUUCCUCAUACAAGACCACAUGUCUACACACUACCGAAAGCUCAAUUCUGCAAAAGCGGCUGUCGAUACAUCUGCACCAAGAAGCUUAUCCAGCAGCAUUAAAUACAGAGAUCAGCAGAACAGAGAACGCCUGCUCAGAGCUGUUGAAAAAUUCAAGAAAGAACUUCAGGAGAUUUGUUCAACAUUUCGUUAUCAUUCGCAGAGUAAUUUCCCAGAAGAAGACACGGUUCGAUAUGGACACCAGAAACCCCCUGUGAAUCAAACGGAAAAACUUUUAGAUGUGCACAAGACAAGAUCUCAGAUUUACUCCCCGGCUGUCACAGUCAGAGAGGUCAUGGGCCAUAUUGAGAAGGAACCUUGUGAUGUGAACGUCAGAACUUCUACGAAUCGAAGUCCGCCCAGGAAGAAACCCUAUAAAGACCCCCUAAAGAAAACCUACAGCGGAGAUCUCCUGGACAAACACCCUGCAAGCUUCACAAGCACCAACGAGCCUUUCAAGCCAAGGUUACUCAAGAAACCCUCCAAGUCCUUUGUGUCAAAUUACAAGUAUUACAUGGCUCCUAGGAAGAAGAGUUUGCGAAGAACAUCAUCCGGGCAGGUCCAUCUUCAAGACAAGAGGUCACUGGAAAAGUGCAGUCACACAACAGAAUCAAGGGCAGAAAAACAGGGAAAUAUGGUGGAAAGAACAAGAAAAGAAGACUUGAAGUAUCUCUGUUUUCUUGAAAACCUCACCAAUGACAUAAUACAACGAGGCUGCAGGUCCCAUAGUGCCAUGGAGCGCGUGUUUCAAGAUCACCUUCACCGAAAGCAACCAAACAUCGAUAAUCUGAAGAAGAAGAUCCUGGUGGAGGAACUCCGAGAUGAACUAGAAAGGAGCGUGAAGUUAGACUUUGCCAUCAGCUAUGAUGGGACACAAUACGGCUCGGGAAAUCUUCCUCUGCAGAGAAACCUCAAUAGACUCCUGACAGCACCGUGACAACUUGUAAUGUCUUAGCAACAGUCCCAUGGACUAUAUCCUGCAUCAGAUACGGAAAAUUCCAUCCACAAUGUACUAGAUUUUGUUCUUAAAGGCACAUGGACACAUCUGGGACAAUUUUCUUUUGUUAUGAUUGCAUUUUACUCAUUUUGGGCUAAAAAUAAUUUUUUUCUGUUGGUCUUUAUUAAAAGUUUUCAGCAGUUUUUGAGGUGCAGGGGUUGAAAAUCAGUCUGUUUGCAGACUAUCCUUUCAGCUGAAGGAUCAUGUGAGGCCUUAUCUCCUGACCUCAAACACUCAUUUAAGCCAUAUUCUUAAGGGUUUGAUAAGAGUUUAGCCAUACUGUUUAUGAAGUCAGGAGAUCAGAGAUAAGGCUUGAGCCAUCAGCUGACAGGACUCCCAAAUAACAGUCUGCAAACAGACCGAUUUUUAACCCCUGUAACUCAAAAAGUCUCAAUAAAGAACAAUUUUAAAACAAUUGAAAUUUUUUUUAGCCCAAAAUAGCUUUUAAAUUGAAUCAAUUAUGUAACCAAUAAGGUUAGAUUCACACACAGCUCUUACCAUAACACGCUGCAUUUUUUUUAUGCAAUUUUUUUCUACAACUGAUGCACAGGUU